CCCGAACUGGCAGGAUCCUCGUCCUCUCUUCCCGACUCACCUUGACGCCUGUUAAGCAAAGUCAGAACAAUAUUUUACGAGCGCGCCUGCAAGCCAAACCUGCUGAGGAAGUGCCACCAAGAUGGCGCUCACCAUAUUGGGCCAAGCGCUGUUCUUCGCCAUAGCAACCGCCAUGGGUCUCUGGAUGCAGGGAUACGUCAAACUGCAAAUCGCUGUGCACGGUCCCUCCGUUCUCGUUCCCGCAAACCGAACGGAACCGGCCGAAUUCUACAGCGAGAAGUUUGGAGAGCACGCAUAUGUGACCGCAAACGACAUUACAUUCCAUUACGUUACCAAGGGCUGCGAUGUUGAAAGCCGUACAAUGCUGCUGUUCUUGCACGGUUUCCUGGACUUCUGGUUCAUCUGGAACAGACAGAUACCUGAGCUCAGCAAGGAAUUCUGUGUUGUGGCUCCGGACAUGCGUGGUUACGGCUACACCACCCGGCCAAGCGACACUGCCGAAUAUAUCAUGCCGAAGUUAAUCGGAGACGUCAAAGGGCUUCUUGAUAAACUGAACCCCGGCCACAAGCGAGAAGUUGUGCUCGUGGGCCACGAUUGGGGCGGCAUGAUCAGCAUGUGCUUCGCCACUUUGCACGAGAAAAUGAUUGACAAGAUGGUGCUCAUCAACAGUAUGCAUCCCAAGGCCUUCAUGAAGCAGCUUUUCCGCAGCCCUACGCAAAUGAGGAUGUCAUGGUACCAGCUUCCAUUCCGACGCCCUGUUGUGCCCGAGCAGUAUCUGAUCCUGAAAGACUUUGCCUUCUUCGACGAUGUGCACAAGGGCUUCACGAAGGAGGAGGAAUACGCCCACAAGUACAUGUACUCGCGGCCAGGAGCACUGACCGGUACCAUCAACUACUACCGCGCAUUUAACAACGACAGUGACCAGUUGAGCAAAAUACCCUACCGUAAAAUCAAUGUCACCACACUCAUCCUAUGGGGCAAAAAAGAUGAGUUCAUUACCACGCCCGUCGCCCGAUACAACCAAGAGUGGUUGUCGAAGUCGAUGGUGGUCUACUACGAAGGAGCAGGUCACUUUGCCCAGCGGGAAUGCCCCACGCAUGUCACCGAGCGCAUCCGCGAAUUUGCUAGCACCGGCAGCGUGAAUGUGGCCAAGGACACCCGUUGGUCUUGGUGGAAGCCGGCCAAACCCAUGUGCAGCGAGUCCAAGGAAGCAGGUGCUGGGUGGACACCCCAGAGUCUUCCUUUCAUUCCUGAUGGCGCGGAGCUUCCCAAAUCCAUGACACUAUAGAUACCUUCAGUCUCCGCAACUUUGCAGCUUUCCGCCGUCAGAAGCUAAAGCAUUGAAUAAAGUUGCUAUUCACGACGGAUUUUGAUAUUAUAAAAUGCG